AUGAGCUCCAUGAUCGUACGCCUGAGGUGCGAAGUGGGCAUGUACCGCAUCGAAAUUGACAGGAACAAAAGACUGACUGAUCUGAAGAGUAAAAUUGAGGAGCUGUUACAUGUUCCAGUGGAAAAGCAGCUUCUUUUUCUACAGGAAAAACCCAACGUCCCGCUGACAGACAAUGGGGCGUUGCUGGAACAGUGUAACAUUACUCAUGGGUCUCUCCUCACAUUGAAAAGUGAGAUAAAACCGACCGCAAGUGGUGGGAAGCGGUUGGAUGGGCCUGCGGGGCGUAGCAACAAUGAAUCUAAUGCACCGGAUGGGAAGGUGAAAAAGGGGUUCGAACAGACCCAAGGGGGUAGCAGCCCGGGUGGAGUUGGUCAGCCCCCCCAGGAGAACCGUCUAACCCCCCAGAAGGAAAAAAGUAACGAAGGAAAGAACAACAACGAUAAGGAGAAGAGCGAAAAUCAGGCGAACUUCAAGUCAUUCGAUUACUUCCUAAAAAUGAGGGAAUAUAACACGACGGAUCUUCCACUGAAUCUGACCUACCAGUCUGUGUUCCUCUCGAAGGGGCGGUUCAUUAAGAUCCCAUUAAGUGUAACGUUGAAGCAUCAGGAGUAUCGGCACGUGGAUCACCUGGAACUUAUGAACGUAGAGGAGGUGAAAAACUUCGUGCAGUAUUGGUACACCAAUGGAAGUAUGUGCGAACACAGAGUUGGCUGGAUGUAUGGCUACUACAGGGAAGACCCGCAUUACACUAUGGGUAUUAGAGCCGUGUGUGAGUGCAUAUAUGAGCCUCCACAGAUAAAUGAGGUGGACAAAGUUAAGCUUCUACCAGACGAUUUUCUAGACUCUGUUGAUGUUAUUGCAAACCGAUUAGGUCUGGAAAGAAUUGGUUGGAUCUUUACGCAUCUGCCAAGGAAGGAACACCUCACAUCGGAGGAAGUGGUACAGAUAGCUAAAUUGCAGCUAGCCAAUUUGAAGAAAAAUGUACACUAUACAAAUUAUAGCGUGUCUAAUUUUAUCACCUGCACCAUUUCGCCAGAUCCUAUGUUAAGUAACGAACCAGUGACAAAUGCCUUCAUGGUGUCCGACAUGGGGAUGGCAUUAAUUCGAUCCAACCUGGUCGAUCCGAUACAAACGGAUCCUUCCGUUAUACAACUCAGGAAUCCUAUGCCUAAUGAGCUUCUUCCUCUCAUCCUAGAAGGAGGGAAAGAAACCAACAAAUUUGACGCAGACUGGUUCAUUGUUCGUAUUAAUGAAUCAGCCCCUAAGGUCGUUAGGUCCCUUUUUAAAAACUUCCACUUUCCUAGGGAAAAUCGGUUACGCUCACCCAAUGCCUACGACGUGAAGGAGUACUUCUCCAGCCCCAAGUUGGAAAGAGGCACCAAUGGGAUGCACAGGUGCUCCGACUUCCACCUGAUUUUGUUCGCCUGCCGCGUGCUCGACAUGGAGACUGCGCUUGCCCUAUGCGACGCCGCGCUCGGCAAGAAGGAGAUCGAUCCGAUCAUAGAGGAGAUCCUCACCUCGGUGAAGGUGUAG